AUGGUAAGUUAUUACAAAGAGUCAUCUGUAUUGGGUUUGGGAUGUUUUGAUUGUAAAUACGAUCAUACAAUACAUAAUGAGUUAAACAAGUUGACAAACAUAUGCGACAAAUAUUUAGUGCAAUAUUACAAAAUAUGGUUUGAAGACAAUAAAUAUUACAUUCCAAUGGAGUUGUGUUCACACAGUUUACGGACAGUAUUUGACUUUAAGAGUCGAGUGUUUGGCCGCCGAUCGGCCGAAGAGUUUUUGACAGAGUUUUUCAUUUCAUGUCAAAUAUUCGCAGAGCUGUUGAAAUGUGUCCAACAUUUGCAUGAUUUGAGUCCAGCAGUGAUUCACCGAAACCUCAAACCCGAGAAUGUGUUAAUCGGAGGCAAAGCCGGGAAUUUGUGUUUGAAAUUAUGUGACUUUGGUUUGAGUCAAGUCUUUAAGAGUCUGUCAGACAAUAGAAAUCCCGAAUAUUUAUCGCCCGAAGAAACUAAUGGUGGAACUGUUGACUACAAGACAGACGUUUACAGUGCGGCCAAAAUCGGGAAAAAUAUAUUUGAUAUUCAAGUAACACCUACAUUGUCAGGAAUGUAUUCAUCGGAUUACAAGUUGAAAAACUCUGUGACUGAAUUACAAAAAGUGUUGAUUUCUAUGCAAUCAUUGGAACCGUUCGAUAGACCCGAUUGUCGACAAGUAUUACAAGAGUAUACUUAUUGGUCUAUUAAUGGCUAUUGUUUGUCAUCUGAUGGUUACAAGAGAUUUAAUUAA